CAGUUGAUUUAUGGUUGAUUUGAGCAUUUAUUUUAGUCAAAUAGUCAUUUUAUUUCAAUUUUUCAACACAACAAUUUAUUGGAGUGUACUUGUUGUGUACUUAUUUAACAGUUUAGUUUAGGAAACGAUGGAAAACCGCGAGGCAGCCUUCAAUACUAUCUGCCGAAUAUGCUUAAGUGCAAACAAACGCGAUAUGGUGUCGUUAUUUCAGAAAAACAACGCCAAAGUACUAAGUUGUUAUGGGAUCGCGGUAUUGACAUUUGCUAAAGUAACUGUGAGUGUUUAUGCUUGAUACAUCCAACCGACCAUCUACCAACAAAUAUGUGCCAGGAUUGCCUAUUUAUACUCAAGCAAGCCAUCAGGUUUAAAAUAAAAUGUGAGGAAACACACAAAACACUUACUACCAUUGCAAAAAGCCAAAAAAAAGAUAAAAUUAAACAAGAAAUUGUUAAACAUUCAUGGGCAAUGGUUAAAGGUUUUAAUAAAGAUGUUAUCAACCAUGCAGAUAAAAAUAUAAACAGUGGAAAGGAUAAUGACAGCUCUGAUAGUAGUGAUGUGUGGAAUUCAGAUGAUGAAGACACAAAUACAGGGCGCCCUAAAGAUGAUGAUGAUAAUGAUGAAAGAGAUAAAGACGAUAUUAAAAACAUAACAGUCAAAAUAGAAAAUUAUGAUGCCUUAUUAGAUGAACUGGAACAUGUUUCUGAUCUACAGAGUGCAGAAACUACAAAAUUCCUAACCAAAAUUAAAACAGAAAAAGUGAAGACAGAAAAGGGACACAAUGGUAUACGAAUUAAAUGUUCACCUAAUAAAGACCCAACAAAAAAUGAAUGUGUUGAAGAUAUAUUGGAUGCUUUAGAGGUGUUAGCUGAUACUGGUGAUUUAGCUAAACCAUUAAAUGAAACUGUUACUAUUAAGAAAAGAGAUCCUUCAAAUGUAGGUGUUGAUGUUAAAACUAAUGAUACCAGAGUAAUAGAAGGAAGAGUAAAAAGUGAAAUGGGUCACACCACCCCACAACCUAAGAAAGGAAGAAUGAAACCUCAUAAAUGUGAAUUAUGCGAUAAAGUGUUGUCCAACAAAAACACAUAUCUUAAUCAUAUGCAAAUGCAUACUGGUUACAAGUACAUCUGUGAGAAUUGUGGCAAAGGCUACACGACCGUUGAUCACCUGAAUAUACAUCUGGUGCUGAAACACAACACCGGGACCUAUAUGCAGUGUGAACACUGCGAUUUUAAGUCUCCGAAGCGCUUCAUGCUAAUAGAGCAUCUGCGCCUACACUCGGGCGAGCGGCCGUUCUCGUGCGAACAGUGCGGGCUCACCUUCCGCCGGAGGAACAUCCUCGUGCAGCAUCGGAAGAUGCAUAUGGAGAAGAGUGUUAAGUGCGACCAAUGCCCGCGCACGUUCCACACAGUGGGGCACAUGCGUGCCCACCAUGGCAGCGUGCAUCGGCGGCGCCACGUGUUCGCGUGUGGAGCGUGUGGCGUCACGUACGCCAAGCGAGAAACCGUGCGCCGCCACGCCGCCGCCGCGCACGGCACCCACGGGGGGGAAACUAAGAUCAUCAGAAUAAACCGCAAUGACCCCAACUUCCCCGAGCAGUGACGUUGCAGCGAAUAUUAAUAUGUUAUAUGAAAGAAUAAUUCUGUGUACGAUAGUUUUCCAAUUUUUUGAAUAAAAAAUGUACAGAUUA